AAGUCUUAGUGAGUGGGUACAGCAGGACAAUAGCAUGAAAUAGUUAUUAAAGAUGUUCUAAGAGCUGCAGUCGACAUUCAGCAAAGCCUCGGGCAUUUAGUUGCGAUUAUCCAGAAAGAAGCCAAGAAGAAAAUCACAUAAAGCAAACGGGACACGAGUGCGGAGCGCGCGUCUUAAGAAAACGUGAUGUUAGAUGUGAUUGGUAAAGACAUUAUUCUAGACUUGCUGUCCUGCCAUUCUGGGAUUACUCUGACGUCACACUGAUACCCUCGCAUGGAUGAAUGCUAAAGAACUAUAGAGGCACAAAUAAUAGCACAAGCAGACUCCAUAUCUUGCAAGACUUACGUUAACAUUUAGCCCUCUUCAACUAUAAAGCACAAUAACUUUGUGUGUACUCUAUUUCCUUUAAAGUUAUUUUAUCAUCAUUUUUUUUUUUCGAGGAUUAAAAAAAUAACAAUAUCUGCUGCCGUAUACAGCUUCAAGACUCUCUCUCUCUCUCGUUUAAGUAGCCCACGAUCAUCUAUUAUUAAGUAAAAGGCCGUACGUUGAAAUGUGGGCUAGGAGGUGCACUUGAAGUAGAUUCGGUUACAAUCGAUCAGUGGGAAGAAUAUUGCUGAUGAUAACAAAGGAAGCAGUCAUGUCAUUUUCACAGUUUGGAUAUCCUUAUAACGCAACUUCACAGUUUUUCGUGUCGGCAAACCCCAGUACGACUUGCUGCGAUUCGAUUUCCAGGUCGGUGUCUGACGCUUCCAGCGGUUCCCAAACUGCAGCCGCAUUUUGCUGCCCUCCUUAUGAGAACCGUCUCUUUGCGAGCACAAGGACGGAGCUUAAUGCGGCUCUCGGCAUGUACGGUUCGCCCUACGCAGCCGCGGCCGCCGCCAGCCAGAACUACGCCAACUACUUCCCGUACAGCACCGACCCCUCCGCUCUCUACUCCACACUGAACCCACAGUAUGACAUCAAGGAUGGCGCUGGCAGUUUACACUCUGGAAUCACUCAAUCUGCUGCAUAUUACCCCUACGAACACUCCCUUGGGCAGUAUCAAUACGACAGGUAUGGCACUAUGGAUUUCAAUAACUCAGCCAGGAGAAAAAAUGCCACAAGAGAGACUACCAGCACUCUUAAGACGUGGCUAUACGAGCACCGGAAGAACCCGUACCCCACCAAAGGAGAGAAGAUCAUGCUGGCCAUCAUCACCAAAAUGACCCUCACACAAGUGUCCACCUGGUUCGCCAAUGCCAGGAGAAGGCUAAAGAAGGAGAACAAGAUGACAUGGUCCCCCAAGAACAAAGCAGGAGAUGAAACAAAGGAUGACAUUGAGAAGAGCAACCAAGACAACAAAGAUCCCAAAGACUGUAAGGAGGGAAAGGAACUUCAGCUGAGUGACUUGGAGGACAUGGAGGAUGACGACUGUGACAAACUGGACAGCGACAGUGACAAGGUCUCUCAUGGAGAGCUGGCCCCUCACCGGUCCAUGGCUGGGGAGCUUCAGAAGGCAGACUGCAACGGCAGGCUCGCCCCCCCUCUCAACAGCUUCCACGCUUUCGCCUGCAAUAACAAGAGUGCGGAGGCACUGGCGUCGGACCUCUUGGAGCCCGCGGCAACAAAACCUCCAACGGCCAUCGCGACAGGCACGCUGGCCCUGUCGCACUUCGAGGUGUCCGAAAAACCCCGGAUCUGGUCGCUGGCACGCACCGCCGCCCCCGACGCCGUCCUGGGGGGCUCGCGUCACGGCGACGACUUUAGGACCGGGAACGCCAACACGGACUGCCGCCUGCAAGCGGCACGGCUCACGGUGGCCAGCAGGGGGCGGUGUGGCGAGCCGAGGCAUCCGCAGGACACCGCGAAUGUCCCCGGUGUGGACAACUCCUUCCAAGAGGAAGGCCCGCGGUCGCAAAACAAGGUCUACGGCUCCUCCAGCUUUUCCCACAAGCCUCUGCAACUGCACUGCUCCUCCUACCCCAUGUUCUCUAACACGUGCCAGUAUUCAUCCACUGAAGGAUUCUCAAAUGGCAGAAAACCUGAACCAGGCCGACCAGCCCUCAGUGACACAUGUCUAACGCAGCAGGAAGACAAGGUCACGACCUUCAGACCAGCCAUGGAAAGGUGAAGCAGGUUGGUGGAGGUACAGCCAAUGACCGCCGGGACAUUUCAAACUUUAUGCACUAAGGCCCUGAAAUAGAGUCGAAGUUCAAACCGUUACGAAUUAUGCCGUUUAAAAAAAAAAAAGCCGCCUGGACAAACGCUUUCUAUAAACUGUGGAUACAGCCAUACUUUUUGCACAAUGUUCUUAACGAUGACGAUGUCUGUAUGCAAGAAAUACGAAUGCAACGGACUGGGAAAGGGACAGAAUUCAUACGUAUGCACUGGGCAAUCCUAUUUAUUUAUUGUUUGCGUGUUGUUCGUUUAUUUAUUCCUUUAACAACUCUUAAAUCAUGUGCCCUCUCACUGUAAUGCUUUGUAUUUUAUUUUCACAAAUACGUCUACGUGUUAUUAUAAGUUUUAUGUUUGGUUUUAGAGAAGUAUAGCUUAUUGUAUGUCGUUGUGUUUGCAGCAACUGGAAUGGAAUACUGAUAUUCCAUAUGUUGUUUCUGGGCAUAAAAAAACACGUUUUUCAUUUUGGAGUCAUUGUCGGUACGAAUUUUUUGCUGUAUGAAAAAUUUUAUAAGAAUGAUUUUUCAAAAUUUGGGCUUCUGCUUCGUAAUUUCCAGAUGAACCAACCAACCCAAACAACAAAUGAAAAUAAGUUUUAACUCGAAACAUAAAACGGGGUAUUCGCACGAAGGACCAUUAUUAGUUUCCAUUAUUUUGUCAAGAUAACUUUUUUGUCAAUUAACUUUACAAGACGAUGAAGAAAGAAUACAGGAUAUCUCCAUUGUCUUUAUUUUGAUGUUACGUUCUACGUUAUAUUACUGCCCGGGGUAACAACGAGGAAUAUAUGAUACAUAAUAAACAUUUCCAUUUUGCACCACUGUAUCGGCAACUUAA